UUAUUACCACAACUGGUGAGAAUCAAGUGGGUGCAUUACAGUUGUGUGUAUAUAUCAAGCAAAAUUCCAAAAUAUAUCAAAAGUGAUGCGUUUUGUGAAACCGUAACGCAGUGAAGUUCGUGUGUGACACUGUGAUCGUAUCAUUUCUCUCUUUCUGAACGGAAAAAAUGGUUACUCGACGGUUCAUUUCAACCAGCGACGACGAAGACGAUUCACCGCCGCCUCCUUCCAACAACCUCGUCGCUGACACUAACCCUACCAACAACCGCAAAAGGAAGAUCAUGAAGCUUCCAGAAGAAGACGACGAUGAUGAAGUAGAAGAGCAGUUGCCGAUAAACGAUAAAAAGAAAGAGUUCAAUGACAAUGAAGAGAAUCACGAUGAUGAUGAUGAUGAGAAGGAGGAGGAAGAGGAACCUUCCAGUGAAGAAGAUGAUUGGCCAGUACCCAUUGGUGAACCAGUUAGGGUUACUGGAAAAGGAAGAGGCAGAAAAAAGCAUUUUCACUCAUUCGAAUUCACCGGCGAACAGUACAAACUGGAGGACUCUGUGCUUCUUGUGCCUGAAGUUGAAGAACAAAAGCCAUAUGUGGCAAUUAUCAAGGACAUUACGCAAUCCCUUAGUGGAAGCUUAAUGAUCACAGGGCAGUGGUUUUACCGUCCAGAUGAAGCAGGAAAAAAGGGCGGUGGUAGCUGGCAAUCGAAUGACUCCAGAGAGCUGUUUUAUAGUUUCCACCGAGAUGAGGUUCCUGCAGAAUCUGUUAUGCAUAAGUGUGUGGUGCAUUUUGUUCCCAUACACAAACAGCUUCCAACUCGUAAGCAGUAUCCUGGGUUUAUUGUGCAGAAGGUGUAUGACACAGAUGAAAAGAAACUAUGGAAACUAACUGAUAAGGACUACGAGGACAGUAAUCAACAAGAAAUUGACGAGCUGGUUAAGAAAACUCUUCAACGUUUGGGUGACCUACCUGACAUUGAGGUUGAAGAAGCUCCCACUGACCAGGAAGAUCUGAUGAGAGCUAAACGAAUCUUGAAGAAAAAGAGUAUUUCACAUCUUGAUGUUUCAAAGGAGGACGAAACAUCUCGAAAGAGUUUCCAACAUCUGAAACCUGAAACACCAGGGAGUACCUCAGAGCAUUAUCGCAUAUUAGUGAAUUUUGAUGCAAUCACGGGAGAUACCCAUCGUGACAAAGGUUUGGUAAUGUUGCUUCAAAAUGUUGAAUACUUGUUUGAUACUGAUGACAUCGGAAAGAAAAAAGACAAAUGCAGUGACAAUUCUGAUGCAAUCAACAAUGGUAGCAAGAACAAAAGUUAUGAAAUAGCAAAUGAAUCUAAAGACAAAGUUCUGAAGAAUUCCAAGUCGUUUGUCUGGCCAGAUGUUGCUGUUCGAGCUGUAGUUGCUCUGGAGAAAGCUUCACACGAUACAUUUUCAUCAGAUUAUCAGAAGUACAGCCAAAAGCUACGGCAAUUAGCGUUUAAUCUCAAGAACAAUGCAUUUCUGUUACACCGUCUAUUAGAUGGAGAGCUAGAACCUUCAAAAAUAUUGAGUAUGACACCUACUGAAUUGAAGGAGGGUUUGACUGCUGAGGAAAUAUCCACGGAUGAGCCCGACGAGCCACAGCACAUGCAGAUGACGGAUGCUCGCUGCAAACUUUGCGCAGAGCGUACAGUGGGAGUGAGGGAUAUUAUCCGCGCAGGACAUGCUGACCGAUAUAUGCUGGAAUGCACCUCUUGUGGUCAUUCCUGGUCUGCCUCUCGUGAUGCGGUGUCUAUGCUGACAUUAGAUGCAUCAGAUUCAAAAAGAAAUGUAGGCUCAGCCCCAUGGGCUACUGCAAAAUUUGAAGAUGUUGGGAAGAAGUUGGUGAGUCCCCGUGAAUCUGACAAGUCGACCAAUGACAUCUUUAUGCCGCCUGUAUUGGACUCCCAGAAAUCAUUUAGCAAGUCCAGGAAAGAUGAAAACGUUGAAGCUUCAAGACGUGCUGACUAGAACGGAUAUUCUGUAAUCUGUCCUAUAUGGAUGUCAUUUUGGCUUGGAAUGAUAGACAUAGUAGUAGCAAAAAUCUUGUGUAUAGCUUAACUAAUGGAUGUUGAUGUUAACUUGACAAGAAGAGUCUAAGGAAUAUAAAAGUAGAAUGUUAAUGUGAUGCCAGCUUCCCUUAAA